UGUCGAAGUGUGAAAGAGGGGAGGAUACUUAACACCCACGCUUUAAGAAGUUACAAUUGGUAAGACUAAGUUAAAUAAGAAGAAAAAAAAAGAAUGUGAAGAUAAAGACGAGGACAAGAAAUGAUGAGACACAAAGGUGAAGAGGGGAUAAGAGGUGAAGCUUGGUGGCGCAAAGAAUGACUGGUGGUUGGUGAUGUUCAAGCUUAGCGCCUGUUUCGCACGCUGUGAGAGGUGAGAGGGGAAGUCAGGAAGUAGUGGGGGUCUGAGAAGCCGAUAGAUGGACGAGCGAGGAGAUUGAAGGGACAAGAGAGAGUUACGAACAAAGAAGAGGGGGGAAACCGCUUCAGUGGGAAGUAGCUUGACUCUCAACUCUGAGAGGGGAUGAAAAUUAGUUACGGCAUCCACCAAGACCUAAAAGGAACUCUGUACGCUGUGCGGCCAGGCCACUUCGUGCAAUGUUACGCGCUAAGUUAUCCUCGUGUGUUGUCGUCCUAGUCGUUGGCAGUGCCAGGUUGUAAAACCCGUGAUACAUCGUAUGAUUUCGGCACGUUAUUUGAUUUUGUGUUUUAACUUUGUCUGAAACGAAUAAUUAAAUUGUGAAAAUAUCAAUUAUGGCUCACAGUGUUGGAGAAGUGUUGAGUGAGAGCGCUAGUGCGGUGAAAAUGGUUAAUCAGCAUCAAAAAACUCCAAAUAACAACAAUAAUAAUAACAUUAGCAAUAAUAAUAAUAAUAUCAACAGCAAUCAGCAACAAAAAAAAGCAGUUGGAGUAAUGGGUAGCCGACGAAUUUUUCCUGCAGCUUUUAAACUUAAAGUUCUUGAUUCUUAUCGAAAUGAUAUUGACUGUCGUGGAAAUCAACGAGCUACUGCGAGAAAAUAUGGAAUUCAUAGAAGGCAAAUACAAAAGUGGCUUCAGUGUGAAGAUCAUUUGCGAAAUAGCUGUGCAGAAAGUGCAAAUAAUAAUAUAACUACUCCAACGACAACAUCUGGCGGCAGUUUGUCUACCAAGUCUGAAUCAAGUAUCUCCGGCACAUCGACAACGUCGCCCGGCGUGGCUCCAGCACCGGCCUUGAACCUCAGUCUCGCCAGACUGCACGGCGACGAGCUGGUGGCCCGACCCCCACCUCAUCUUCCAAGUAAUUCACCCACACCGGCCCAGUAUCAUCAAACAAAUCCUAUGCCUGUUCAUACACUUUUAUUAGGAUAUUCUGAUCAACAUCAUCCAACAGAAGACUCAACAGACCACAAAUACUACGUUUUAAAUCAUUCAAAUUAUGAGCAAGUUUCCGGUUAUCGUGUAGGAAAUGACGGAAGACUCUAUCAGCAUCCGUCGCUUAGCUAUCAGUCUUCAGCGGUAUAUAAUGGCACAGUGAGUGAUCAUCAAUUAUUAGGAGCUAGUGUACAUCAAACUGGUCACGUUAUCUUGCGUCGCGAUUUGCCCGGAAACGAGUUGCCGGCGAUAAAAGCCGAACGAGCAAGUCCAGACUCUUCGGCGACAUCAGGGCCGUGCAAUGAUAUUCCUAACUCCCCUGACAUCAACACUAAUGUAAGGUUGAUAUAUCAGUCAAGUCAACAUGUGACCAAUGGAAACGUUGCCGUUCACUUUGAAGCAGUACAACCAAGUCCAGAACCGCACGUGCACAUAAAUGUUGACGCACACGCGUUCACGUCGAAUUCUGAGAAGUCGAAUCAUGAGAGAGAACUCGAGAGCAAGAAGCAGAAGUUAGGUAUGAAAGAAGAUGGACUAGAAUACUGUGAACCAAAGGAGGAAAUACUAGAUGAUCAAGAAGAGGUCACUGAGAGAGAAGCAUCUGAAGGAAGUGAAAGAUCAGGUCCAUCAAGUCCAAGAGGAGGUACUAGUAUUUCAAGUAGAUCUACAAGUAGUUGUUCAGAUAGUGAAAUGGAUCCUUUAGAUUAUUCAUCUGGACCACAACAAGCAAUCAAUGAUUUUUCACGUAGAAGAUCAUUCUCUUUGAGGUUUAAACUCAAUGUCUUAGAUGCCUUUCACUCAGACGUUGGUGUAGCAGGCAAUCAACGUGCUACUGCAAGAAAAUUUGGUAUUAACCGUCGUCAGGUACAAAAAUGGCUUGGCCAAGAGUCUGAGUUGCGAGGAGAAAUCGCUUUACGUGGUGGAGACAUGAGACAACGACUGGGCGCACUCCAAGAAACCCCUGGAGAAUCUCCUGUUGAUUUAACAACAGCCUCUGGAGAUUUAGAUCAAUCAUCAUCACCUUUAUACUGCUGCGAAUCAUCAUCACAGCAAUUAAAUUAUUAUCCAUCAACGCCAAAUGACUCUGAUGCUCUGCAACGAACAUGUACAUUAUCAUGUUGUGCUGAAAGUUUAACAAAUUUAUCAAAUAUUUCUCAAAAUUGUUAUCCAGAGUCUCAUACAUAUUAUUGUUACUCACCAAAAGAAUCUAUUGAACCAGUUGAUAAUUUAGAUUCAUCUUCACUUAAAAGGAAUUUUUGUACAUUAAAUUGCUGUUAUGAAGCUCUACCACCAUCCAAACGUAUUUGUUUGGAGCCUGAAGAACCUCAAGAUACUCCUUUAUGCUUAGUGAAACCAAAACAUAUUGAAAAAUUGCCAAAUUUGCCAGUUCAAACUGAACCUGUUACUAGUACAGUACCAACACCACCAUCAGUGCCUGCAUCAAAAAAAGAUGUUAUACUAUUUAAGCCAUAUCUUGACAAUCCCAUCAGCAAGCCUGUUGAUGAUUCUUCGCAUCAUCGAGAAAACUCACCUAUUAGUAAUCACAGUAUAAUUGCUAAUAAUAACAAUUGUACCAGCAUUUGUAAUCUCAAUGAAGAACGAGGUCAUGAUUAUGCGUUGGAAUUAAGUCUCAGGGUUCCUGUCUCUUGGAGAUAUCAACCAUACUCUGAAUUUCCAGAAGGGAUUCGGAGUGCAUUCGUUAGGUAUCCAACGAGUUCACAUCAUAUCUAAAUUUAUUGAUAAAUAAUUCAAUAAUUCCUCAAUUUAAAUAAAUUCUCAAAGAGUUAAAAUUCUUGCUCAAAGUUUCUUUGGUGAAUUUAGACAAUUUCGUUUUUUUUUUUAUAUGAGGAGAGAUAACAAUGAAAAAAAUUGUAUAUUCUGGAUAAAAUUAGCGUCUGCAAUACUUAUUAGCCAAUAAAUUAAAUGAUUGUUUCUAUAUUCUUGAUUAUUAUUAAUUCGAUAGAUGAUUCAUAAUUUACUGAAGAUGCUUCUAUAUGAUACCAUGUACGUUACUAAGAAUCGUUAUCUCUGCCUAUCAAUUGAUAAUGUGUAAAAUAUUUAUAAUCAGGUCACAAGUGAGUGUCAAAAAAGCAAAUUGUAUCAGAGUUUCAUUUUUUUUUAAAUUUAUUUAUUACUAUCAUUUUAUUAUAAUUAUUAUUAUGACUAAAAAAAAACUUAUUUCACACUUGUUUUUAUACUAUUUUCUCGUAGCUCGAAAUUUAUCAAAGAUUAGAGUAAAUCUUAUCAUUUUCUAGGCCAUUUUGAGGUCGAAUGUACAUGUUUUUAACUGAGAGGUAUUAAGCGACGGCUAAUAACGAUGAAGUUUAGUGAUGAAUUUGCUUAUAUUUUUAUGGUAUGAAACUAUAAAAAAAAUUGAAUUAUUUAAUUGCUCAAUUGAUAGCUUCCAUUUGAAAGAAAUAA